CUGCUACGCCAAGCGGACCGAGCGGCCAGCGGAACAGCGGUCCCUCCCACAACCAGAGACCACCCAUGGAGACGUCGGAGACGAUGCGACAGGAAGCAGAAGCGCGGCUGCCGCGGAGGACUAACAGCUAAGCUAAAAGCUAACCCGUACAGAUCGCCGCUUCCCUCCCGGCUGCUCGCCAACGUACGCUCCCUGGCAAAUAAAAUGGACUACCUCAAGCUGGAACUACACUCAAAGCUUGAAGACUGUUUUGAGUGCACUGAAUGGAGCAUCUUUAAGGAGGCUGCAACAGACAACCAGUGCACCAACGUGGAGGAGUAG